UUUGUUGGCAGACUAUUCUCUGCAGACUAUUUUCAAUUUAAGUGAUGAAACUCAUUUAUUCGCAUCUGUUUUUACGAUGUCUCGAAAAUAAUUGACAUUAGAGCAGAGAAAAAUUGUUGUACGCAUGCUUAAAGAUUGAAAAUCAUACUCAGAAAUCGGGACAACCAUCAGCAGGAGGAAAGCAACAGUGUAAAAGAUUUUCUUCUUGUCUUAUCAGACCCGGAGAUGUCUUCAUUAUGAAAAUGAUGAAUCAUAUCUUUAUAAUUAUUAUUAUCAAUUCUCACAAAACAAUCUAAAGAACAUGCAAUCAUUGAUAACUUUGAUUUCAAUGUGCGAGCUAUUUCCAUUGAAUACAUUACUAUACUUUAAAAGAGUUCUCUAAAGUGAGAAGCUUGUUACAUUAGAGGAAAUGUUGUCGAUUCUGGUUUUAAUAGGCGCCAUAUUUACACAUUCAGAUGCACUAAGACGUAUUGUCAAUGGUAGAGAAGGACAUAUUCAAGAUUUCCCAUAUCAAGUUUCAUUACGACGAUAUUCAGUUCAUGUUUGUGGUGGAUCGGUAAUAGAUGCUCAAUGGGUAAUUACUGCAGCUCAUUGUAUUGAAACUUUUGAAAAACAGCCAAGAGUAUUUUCUUUGCGCAUCGGUAGUUCAAAUCGUGGACGAGGAGGUGAAGUUGUUUCGGUGUAUAAGAUAUAUAAACAUCCCUUAUAUAUUAGUGAAACGAUGAAUUUUGAUGUUGCGCUGCUUCGAACACAGAAAAAUAGAUUACGAGGAGAGUUUGUGCGUCCAAUUAAAAUACCCUUAGAAGAUACAGCUAUCACUGAUAAUAUGGAAGCAAUCGUGAGUGGCUGGGGACAUAUGAGCUCGUCAGACCACGUUUUAUCAAUACUCUUGAAGUAUACGACCGUUAGAAUUGUGAAUCAACAAAAGUGUAUUGAAUCGAUGAAAGCACAAGGCGCUGUUACCGAAGCAAUGUUCUGUGCUGCUGCACGAAACACGGAUGCAUGUCAGGGCGAUAGCGGUGGGCCAAUAAUAAGUAGCAAUGAGCUAAUUGGAGUCGUGAGCUGGGGAGUCGGUUGUGCAGAUCCUCAUUAUCCAGGCAUUUAUACACGUUUAUCUUAUCCUGUUACACGCUCUUGGAUUAAGCUCAUGUCAGGACUAUGAUGUAUUUAAAGUGGUAACAAUGAA